CCGAAGGAGGAACUUCAUGACACAUCCACAGAAGAAGCAACACGCGCUGACCGUCCCUGCGCACACUAACAUUGUGUAGCAAUGUAAUGAACAGCUGCCCGACUUUGAAAGCUCCGUUUUUAUAUAAUUUAUUUUGAAUAGCUCAGCCAUGUCCGGAGCGUUAGCAAGGCUGCUCUUCUACCCGACUCUAGCCUACAAUGUUGUGAUGGAGAAGGUGACGUCGAGACGGUGGUUUGACAGAGUGGACGAGACCGUGAUCCUCGGAGCGCUGCCCUUCAGAUCCAUGACCGCACAGCUGGUGGAAGAAGAAAAUGUUCGAGGGGUUAUCACCAUGAAUGAGAUGUUUGAGACCAAAUAUUUCUGUAACUCAGCUGAGGAGUGGCGGGCUGCAGGGGUGGUGCAGCUUAGGUUGAGCACCGUUGACCUCACCGGCGUUCCCAGCCUGGAGAACCUGCACCGAGGCGUGGAGUUUGCCCUGCAACACCGAGAGCAGGGAACCAGCGUGUACGUCCACUGCAAGGCUGGACGCUCCCGCAGCGCUACGCUGGCUGCUGCAUACCUCAUUCGGUUACACUGCUGGACUCCAGAGGAAGCCUGUCAGAAGCUGGCGUCCGUUCGACCGCACAUCCUGGUGCGCUCCGCUCAGCUGGACAUGCUGAGGAAAUACUACCAGCAGGUGUGUGAACCGUCCAGCUGAGAACGCAGGGCGGCCGCUCAGACCUCAUUAUGUUCCUACAGCAGCUGGAAGACUGGACUCAGAGCUCCGUACAAUCCUCCAUGUCAGAAUGUUUACCCACAGAAAAUAAAUACCAAACUAUUUGUUUUUCCCCUCUACAUUUCUAAAUUAAAUUCUCAUGAGUUUUCUGGAAAAUGGCAAUGUUUCUGUAGUUAAUUCACAACAUAUAAGUUUAGAUUUAUGUUAAAAGAAAUGUAAACAAAAUCUCAUCCUGUCAUCUUGGUUCAGCCAAAAGCAGUUUCAAGCAAGACAACAUUGCCAUACUGUUUGACCAUAAUAAUAAACACUUUUAUUAAUCAAA